GCCGAAGCAGUUUCAUUUCGAAUUUGCACUGUCAUUAGUCGGUUGCUUCACGGUUCAAACAGUCUUUCAAUUUUUGGGGUCUACUUUUUCAGUUAAUCAUAUUGCACUGAAUAAAAUGUCGUCAGAUGUGCAGACAUUAAUGGAAAUGGGAUUUUCAAAAAAUAGAGCUGAAAAGGCUUUGGCAAAGAGUGGUUUCAAAGGUGUUCAGCUGGCCAUGGAUUGGCUGUUUGCACACGAAGACGAUCCUGAUAUUGAUGAACCAUUUGAUGCACCACCUCCACCUCAAGGAAAUGUUUUAGGAAAGCCAGAUGAUAGCUCUGGGCCUUCACAGUCUGAGUCAACUGAAGCCAGUGCUAAUGCGGGCGGGGAACCAGUUCAUGCCAUGUCAAUCAAAUGUGAUGUAUGUGGAAAACUUCUGAAGAAUGAGAUGGAUGCCCAGGCUCAUGCGGCUAGAACACAGCAUGACAGUUUCUCAGAAUCCACAGAGGAAAUCAAACCUUUAACUGAAGAAGAGAAGAAAGAACAGCUGGAAAAGUUACAAGAAAGAAUAAAACAGAAAAGAUUGGAAAGAGAGGAGCAGGAGAAAAAAGACCAGCUAGAAAGAGAAAAGUCAAGAAGAAAAACAGGGAAGGAACUUAUAGACAUCAAACAAAAAAUGGAAGAGCAAGAAAUGAAGAAAAUUGCUGAACAAAGGAGAAGAGAGAAAAUGGAAGAAAAACUAGCAAGGCAAAGAGUAAAGGAGCAAAUUGAGAAAGAUAAAAGAGAUAGAGCAGCAAAGUUUGGUUCUGGAGGACAGCCUGCGGUGACGUCAUCACCAAAUCCAGUGACCUCCCCUACUGCUGCCCAGCCUCCACAGGCUGCCGAGAAGAAAGAUUACACUGAGUGUAGAUUACAGAUUAGAUUAACAAAUGGACAGGCACUGACACAGAAAUUUUCCGCCAAAGAACCACUAGCAGCUGUACGUUUAUAUAUAGAGACAAACAGAACUGAUGGAUCAGGACCUUUCACCUUAAUGACCAACUUCCCUAAAAAGGUUUUCCAAGGAGAGGAUUAUGAAAAACCAUUAGAUGUUCUAGGUUUAGUACCAUCUGCUGUACUCAUGGUUAAAGGACAGUGAUACAUGAAGACUUUUAAUGUGCCAAGAUAGUGCUAUUGUGAAAGACAUAUAUUCCAUGAAUAUUACUUUGAUUUCAUAUCAAUUAAUGUAAAAUUUCUGAUCAUGUUUUCUAGGGAAAAAAAGAUUCUAAAAGGAGACUUGAUAAACUCCAGUAUGACCUUUAAAAUAUUUAAAAAUUUGAAUGUGAUUUAUCAUUCAAUUUUUGUACCAUUAAAUUAUUUGUUGAUGCAAAACAACUUUA